CCCUAAAUCCAUCUCGCCGUCCCCACAACAAAUUCCACCAUAUUGCAGUAUUAGUGCUUUGACUCCUUUGCCUUGCUUUCCUUUUCUUCUGGGUUUUAUUUGUCUUCCAUUUGUAUUUCUCCUCCUCCUUCAUCUUGUUUGUGGGUAUUUCUCCUUCUAAUGGAGCCAUAAGGAUUUUUCAUGUAGACUGCAUUAUGGGUUUGUCCUCGAAAAGGAAGAUUUUCUGCUUCAUUAGGCGGUUCUGAAGGGCUGAGGAAUAUAGUUCAACAUCUGCAGAUUCUUGCAUCAUGUCACAUCUUGAAAAGGAAAGUAGAAGUAGAGAAGAGAAUCCUCAAUUUAAGUGGGGUAUUCUGAAGGCACUUGGACAAAACAACAAAAAUGUGAAGUUUUAUGAGUCAUUUACUUAUGAUGGUGUGGAAUACUUUCUCUAUGACUGUGUCUAUUUUAACAUCCAGGGUUCUCCUGAGACUUCCAUUGGUAAGAUUGUGAAGAUCUAUGAAAAUUCAACAUCUGAAAAGAGAGUGAAAGUAGUUUGGUUUCUACGCCCAACUGAAAUUCGAAACCACUUGGGAGAUUAUGUGCCAUGCUGGAAUGAGUUAUUUCUAGCUUCUGGUGAGGGAGUUGGGCUUUCUAGUUUGGUUCUUCUGAAAUUCAUUGCGGGAAAAUGCAAUGUUGUCUGUGCAUCUCAUGAUCACAGAAAUCCUCAGGCAUCUAAAGCAGCAAUAAGAAUGGCUGAUUACAUCUUCCACUGCACUUUUGAUGUUGGAAAGCUUGCAAUCUUGGAGACUUUUCCGGACAACAUAGAUGGUGUUAAAGUGGAGUAUUUCUUCAACAGGAGAAUUGAUCAAAAGCCCAUUAGCGCUCCAAAUCCCAAAGCAAAAGUUGAUCGGACUGCAAUUUCAGGUCUCUCUUCAAAGUCUGGUGUAAACAAAGUAAUUGGCACCACAAUAAAGAAAGAAUCUACAAAAGAUGCAGUUAAUGUGAGUGAGCUAAAGCAUCCUCCAGACAAGAGUAUCUCUUUGAAGCUGAAAGCUUCUAGUCAUGACAAUGGGACAGGGACAGCUAGAAGUUCACAGUGCCUAGAUAAACUUGAAGCAAAAGUUUGCAAGGAUUCCUCUACAAGAGCAACUAAUGUUCACCCUUACAAAAAGAGGAAAUUUAUUAUGGAUGAGGAGUCCGAUAGUGAGUCUGAUAAAGAAGCAGCUCAACUUGCAGAGGAUAAGGCCAUUAAAACAAAAGGCCAACUUAUGAAGGUUACUAGUAGUCUUGAUGCUAACAGAGGAAACUGGUUCCACAAACUACCUUGGGAGCAAAGACUGCAGACUGCCCAAGAAAGCGGUACAUUGUUGUUGCUCGAAAACCUAGAUCCUUCAUUUAUAUCAGCAGAAGUACAGGAUCUGGUUAGGGAUGCACUUAAAAUGAGGGUUGAAGCAAAGAUGGUACAGCAAACUGCUUUUUCUAGCCCAUACUAUGGUAAAGCCCUUGUAAUAUUACAGUCAAAAAAAGAAGUCGAGCUAGCAAUUUCCAAAUUAGAGGAGAAUUGCCUUAUGCUAGCAAAUGGAAGACCCAUUGUUGCUAGUAAAGUUGAGAUUGAGAAGCCUAACAAACAAGCUGGAUUCGUUGGGCAUCUUCUUCUUGACAAAUUCCGAGUUCAAAGACAAAAUCAAGAGAGAAAAAAGGCGGUAUCAACAUCCCACUGUUCUCAGCCCAAUACAUUUGAGUAUGAUCUAGCCAUGGAGUGGUGCAUGCUGCAGGAAAAAUCAGAUUUGUGGUGGAAGGCACUAUAUGAGGAACAAGCCAAGGAGAUAGAAGUUAGCAAACAGCUAAAGAUGAUUUCUACAAUUUCAUAGUCCCAUCCCAAACCAUUUGCUGCUGGAGGAAAUUUUGUUGUUUUGUUGUAGGUAAACAGAGUAAAGUACAAGGCUGAUCCCUUUUUUUGGGCAGUAUAAAGGGGCAUGCCCAUGUCAAUGGUUGGAAAACAAGACUAGAAGCUUAGAGUUAGAAUGAGUUGGAUCUUCAGUUUUUGGUGUAAAUCCAAUUCAUUGAUCAUUUGGUCUAUAACAAAAUUUGUUGUUACCUUGAAGCAUUCGUAACUGAGUGGUGUUCUUUGAUCUUCAUUUUCACAUAUGUUAAGAUCCUGGGUUGAGGCAAACUCAUGUAUUCAGUGUCAGGCAUGGCAUGAAAGAGGAAUUUGAAUCUAUGAGUAGUUUAAAACUCAGUGUACAUCUCAGAAAGUAUUUUAA